AUGAAUGGGGUAACCAUUGCAGGGCAAAGGAUUCCAAAGGAUAGCAUUGGAGGGGGUCCAACUGUGAAAAAGAUAGGGAACUUUAGUAUCCAAGAACAUGCUGUAGCUUAUAUGAAUGGGGACAUGAUUAUAGGAGCCAUCUUUCCAAUUCAUGAAGGAAUUUCCAAUUUAUUAAACCGUUCAAAUGCAGAUGAUUUCAAUUGUACUGGUUUACUGUUAAGAAAUGUCAUUAAAUCCUAUGCUAUGAUAUAUUCAAUUGAAGAAAUUAAUAAUUCCAGUCUCUUGCCUGGGGUUAAAUUGGGUUAUGCAAUAUAUGACUCGUGCUCCGAUGUUUCCAAAGCUAUGCAAUCAACAAUUAAACUAAUUCCUGAGUUAAACUUACUGAACAAGCUUCCUGACUGCAGGACCAAAGUACAGCAUUCUGUGAAAGCCAUAAUAGGAGAAAUGAAUUCAGAAAUUUCAAUUGCAAUUUCCCGGAUUCUCAGUCUUCAUUCCAUACCUCAGAUCAGUCCUGCAUCAUCUGCUCCAAAUUUCAGUGAUAAAUUGAGAUUCCCUUCAUUUCUUCGAACUGUUCCCAGUGAUACCUUCCAAACACAAGCAAUUGCUAAAAUUAUCAGAAAAUUUGGAUGGAACUGGGUAGGGAUAAUUGCAAGUGACGAUGCAUAUGGACAUUCUGCACUUGACCUUUUAAACACAUUUUUUAAAGAGGAAGGAAUAUGUCUGGCAUUCACAAAAACUAUUCCACCAAAUGCAGAACACCCUUUAAUGCAAAAAGAAAUACACAGUAUAAUGCAAGAAUUUCAGAACUGUUCUGCAAACGUUGUUGUUAUUUUUGCAAGUGGAUUUUCUGUCAUUAAGAUUUUUAAUGAAUCAAUCAGACUCAACAUAUCCAGAAUCUGGAUAGCAAGUGAUAUCUGGUCUAUGUCAAGAGAAGUUGCAAAUAUUCCAAAUAUUGACAAGGUCGGUACUAUACUUGGAUUAAAUUUCCAUGCAGGUAUUAUUUCAGGGUUUAAAGAUUAUCUACAAAACCUUCACCCUUCUGGAGAUGGUGAAAAAAAUCUGAUUCAUGAAGAAUAUAAAAAUUAUCGAUUUGGAUGCACGAAAGAAUACAGUGAAUACUUGGAAUGUAUCAAUAAAUCACUCGGCUACUGUUUUACUUCAAAUUCUAUAACACAUAAAUCACCUCUGACAUGCAAAAAUGAUAAUAUAAUGCUAGCAAAUGAUGACUAUUUGCUGCAAAGUAUUCAAUGGAGUACAACAUUCAGCACGUCUUUGGCUGUAAAAUCCAUUGCAUAUGCACUAAAAAAUCUGUUGUGCAAAAAUGAAAUAUGCACCAAAAAUGCCAGCUUUUCACCACUGGAGCUAGUCAGUGAAAUUCAAAAUGUCAAGUUCGAUUACGAUGCAAAAAUGUUUUCGUUUGAUAAGCAAGGUGACUUUAAUAAUGGCUAUGACAUAAUAAAUUGGCAUACACAUAACAGGAAGACAGAAUUCAGAAUUCUUGGAUAUUAUGAUAUUGUAAGCUCUACAUUUGCACUAAAUGAAUCACUUAUCUUUUGGAACUCAAAAAAAAACAAGAUUCCUGCUUCUAACUGCUCAAAAUCUUGCCCCCCUGGGUAUUAUAAAAAGUAUGCAUUUAUUAGCUGUUGCUAUGAAUGUAUUCCUUGUCCAGAAGGUUAUUUUUCUCCAAAUACUGAUAUGGAUCACUGUCAACCGUGUGGUCUUUCUCAAUGGUCAUAUAAUGGAAGCUCUGAAUGUAAAGAUAAGAAAAUUGAAUAUUUUCAGUGGGAAAAUCCAUUUGCAAUUGUGCUGAUGGUGUUUGCUAUCGUGGGUGUUCUGUUCAUUUUUGCAUCUGGCUGCUUGUUUAUUAUUCAUAGUGAUAAUCCAGCAGUAAAAGCUGCAGGAAGAAGCUACACCCACCUGAUAAGUAUGGCCUUAUUAUUCAGCCUGGGAAGUAUUUUUUUUUUUAUUGGUCAGCCAAGUGAUAUCAUCUGUCAGAUCAGACAACCUCUUUUUGGUAUCGGUUUUUCACUCUGUGUUUCUUGCAUACUGAACAAAUCUUUACAGAUAUUUCUGGCAUGUGAAUCAGUUCAAAGCUGGAAAAAAAAUUCUAUAGUAGCCUACCAAUCAGUGCUAAUCAUUGGUGCUUUAGUUAGCAUUCAAAUUUCAAUUUGCAUUUUGUGGAUGAUACUUGGAAAACCUUUCUAUACACAGAUCUACACUAUACCUCAACUCAUAGCCCAGCAGUGUAAUGUAGGAUCCUAUGUUUUCUUUGGCAUAAUGUUGGGUUAUAUUGGAUUUCUCGCAUUGGCAUGUUUUAUUUUAGCUUACAAAAGGAAGAAAGUACCUGUAAGACAUAAAGAGGCCAAAGGUAUCACAUUCAGCAUGCUUAUCUAUAUGUUUGUGUGGAUUAUCUUCAUCCCAAUCUAUCUGAACACCAGUGGCAUGUACCUCCCAGCAGUGCAAAUCGUAGCCAUAUUAGCUUCAGUGUAUGGAGUGAUAAUCUGUCAAAUUUUGCCAAUAUGUUACCUUAUAUUGUUCAAAAACAACAAGAAAGAACAUUAUUUGAAACGUUUCUAUCCCUUCUUCAAGUCACAGGAGCCACAGGUUUCUAAUUUGACAAAUAACUUGGACCAAACAUCCCCUAAGGCUGAUGCUAUUAUUUACAGGGCAAAAUAUUGUACAGAGCAGAAUAAAUAUAGUAUAUGUUGCUCACUCCGAAACAGGCGAAAAAGUAUUUAGUAAAAAUUUUACUAGUUCAUGUACUAUGGGCAUAUAAACAAAGGGACAGGGAAUUCUCUGGUUCUCAAGUCUUGGGCCUCAAUACUUGAGGACUCUUACCAAUUUAUUACAUUACCUUUCCGUUAACAGUCCCAGUAGUAAGUAAAUGUUAGGGGACACUAGGUGGCUGCUAAAUGUUUAAUUGUUUCCUCCACUUCACUGUGCAUUGGGUGAAAGAAGGGGUAAAAGCCAUACCUAUUCUACAGAGCACAGGGCAGCCACAUUCCCAUAAAUCCAUACCUUAAAGAGAAAGUAUGUAUAGAGCAAAAACUAUCCUGCUGGUCAUUUUAUCAGCCUGGCACAAUACUGUAAACAGUGUGGGCGAUCAGGAAGCAUCUUCGAAUAUGUAUUACUCUUUCAUCGCCCUACUUGUCCAUUUCAAAAGGCUUGGCCUGUAACCUGGAUAAAACAUUUCUUGUGCUUUCUGCAAGAUUCCC